AUGAUCGUUGACUGUUUAAUAUCCACAUACGAGAAAUGUGGCUCCAGUCCCAUCGUUUUUGAUCUGUUGAUUCGUACAUAUGUGCAAGCUAGGAAGUUAAGAGAAGGCGUGGAAGCCUUCAAAUUAGUCACAAACAGGGGAAUUUCUGUUCCGAUAAACGGAUGCAACACUGUUCUUGGAGGCCUUGUUAAGAUCGGUUGGUUUGAUUUAGCGUGGGAGGUUUACAAUGAUGUCGUUUCAAAAGGGGUUGUUCAAUUAAACAUCUAUACAAUGAACAUUAUGGUGAACGCCAUUUGUAAGGAUCAUAACUUCAAAAAGGUGAAGCCUUUCUUGAUUGAAUUCGAGGAAAAAGGUAUUUCCCCAGAUAUCGUGACCUAUAAUACAUUGAUAAACGGUUAUUCACGUGUAGGCCUUCUCGAUGAAGCUUUUGAACUCAUGACCUCUAUGCAAAGUAAAGGAUUAAAACCGGGACUUUACACUUAUAAUUCGAUUCUAAACGGGGUUUGUAAAACCGGGGGUUUGGAGAGAGCAAAAGAGAUAGUAAAAGAAAUGGUUCAUAUUGGGUUGAAUCCCGACUCCACUACUUACAACACCUUGUUAAUCGAAUGCUGUAAAAAGGGUAAUUCUAUGGAAGAAGCCGAAACCAUUUUUCAAGAAAUCUUGAACCAAAAUGUGGGACCCGAUAUCUUGACUUAUAGCUCACUUAUCGGGUUGUUUUCAAGAUCCGGAAAUCUCAAUCGGGCUUUAUUCUACUUCAAGAAUAUGAAAGAUACCGGGUUGACACCCGAUAAUGUUAUUUACACAAUUUUAAUCAACGGGUUUUGCAAACACGGUGUGAUGUCGGAAGCAAUCAAGAUUCGGGAUGAAAUGAUUGAUCGGGGUUGCGUUUUAGAUGUUGUUACAUAUAAUUCACUUUUAAACGGAUUAUGCAAAAGUAAAAUGCUUCAAGAAGCCGAUAAACUAUUUGACGAGAUGGUUGAACGAAGGGUAUAUCCGGAUUUUUACACUUUCGCGACACUUAUUAACGGGUACUCAAAGGAAGGAAACAUGAAAAAAGUUGUUAAUUUGUUUGAAUCUAUGAUUCAAAGGAACAUAAACCCUGAUAUGGUGACAUAUAACACUUUAAUCGAUGGGUUUUGUAAGGAAGGUGAGAUGGAAAAAGCUAAAGAUUUAUGGAAUGCUAUGAUAUCUAAAAAUAUUUUCCCAAAUUAUAUAACGUAUAGUAUUUUAAUUAACGGGUUUUGUAACACGGGUCAUGUGAAUGAGGCGUUACGGAUUUGGGACGAAAUGGUCGUGAAUGGGAUGGGGCCCACAAUUGUGACAUGUAACACGAUUAUUAAAGGGUAUUGUAGGGCAGGAUUAGUUAAAGAGGCGGGUUUAUUUUUUAAUCAAAUGGCGUUUAAUAAUGUUAGUGCUGAUAGUGUUACGUAUAAUACUCUUAUACAUGGGUAUUUGAAGGAAAAUGAUAUGGAUAAGGCGUUUGACUUGAUCAAUGGGAUGGAAAGUGAAGGAAUUUUUCCGGAUGUUGUUACGUAUAAUGUGAUUCUUGAUGGAUUUUGUAGAAAUGGGAGAAUAGAUGAAGCUAAUAUGGUUUAUGGGAAGAUGAUUGAGAAAGGUUUGAAGCCUGAUAGAUCGACUUAUGUAUUGAUGAUAAAUGGGUAUGUUUCUAAGGAGAAUAUGAAGGAAGCUUUUCGGUUGCAUGACCAAAUGUUGGAGAGAGGGUUCGCGCUUGAUGAUAAGUUUUGA